AUGAAAAAAUCUGCCAAUUUCACUGAGAAAGUCGAGCACAUCCCUCAAGAAGAAGCUCAACAUAAUGAAUACACCACUGAUUACACCAACGAUCCUGAAGCUCAGUCUCAGCGCACAUCUACAGACGUCAGCUCAAAGAAACGCCGCUGGUCGCUCUCUACCGGAUCCCUGAGAUCUGCUGGCGAUGGGGAUAGUCCUCAUAUUGUCAGCAAUCGCAAACUGGUGUGGAAGAUGGACCUUGCGAUUAUGCCGUUAGCCAUCUUGCUCUACCUCAUGGCUUAUCUCGAUAGAGGUAACUUGGGAAACGCGAAAACGUUCCCCGGAUUCGAGAGCACCGUCUUCAACGACCAGGACGACAAAUACGCGCUACUUAGUUCCAUGUUUUACAUAUCUUAUUUGGUCUUUCAAGUUCCUCUCACAUUGCUCGCCAAGUAUAUGGCUCGUCCGGAUUUAAUGAUCGGGACAGUGGCAAUUCUCUGGGGUAUUUCAUCUACCCUACAAUCUACAGAAUUCAACUACUCCGGUGCUCUCGCAUGUCGCUUUUUCCUCGGCUUCUCUGAAGCUGGCUUUGGUCCACUAAUGCCAUUUUACUUCUCUAUGUUUUACCUAAAAAAUGAGCUAGGUAAGAGAACAACAAUUUUCAUAGCAGCAGCACCGCUAGCUGGUGCAUUCAGUGGUAUCAUUGCUUAUGGAAUUGAGCACAUCGACUAUAAGAUAGCCAGCUGGAGAUUACUUUUCCUCAUCAUGGGCUUGCCCUCGAUCUUGCUCGGGAUUGUCACGCUCUUUGUGAUACCAUCACGUAUCGAGGUCACAAGAUGGUUCAACGAGGAGGAGAGAGCGCUGGCACAGGCGCGCAAGAACUCUGAAAUGACGCAAGAGAGAAUCGGUUACAUCAACUGGCGUCAUGUCCUCAGUGGAUUCCUCGAUUUCCGCACAUACAUCAACUGCUUCAUAUACAUGUGCAUAAAUGUAGCCCUCAGUUCUAUUAGCAGCUUCCUUCCUCAAAUCCUCACGGAUUUGGGAUACACAGGUGCCGAUUCGCAACUUUACUCCGUCCCGCCAUACGUCUGCGCAGGUGGAUGGAUGAUCAUUCUCUCUUUCAUCUCAGAUAAAUAUCAGAUGCGCGGUCCGGUAAUUAGUGUCAACAUGCUAAUCAGCGGUAUAGGAUACUCGAUUUUGAUAGGGACCGAUCCAUCAUCGCUGAAUGCGCGCUAUGGUGCCAUUUUCCUCUCCGUAAUGGGCACAUACACAGCCAUCCCACUGACGCUGUCGUGGUCAGCAUCCAAUGCAGGCUCCGAAUCCAAGAAGGCAGUAGCUAUCGCUAUGUUGAACACUAUCGGACACACAUUGAGUGUGCUUGGCGGUUACAUCUACCCCGAUGCAGAAGCGCCAGAGUAUACGCGUGGAUUUGCUAUUUGCAUGAGUUUCGCUUAUGCUGGCUGCAUCGCUGCGGCUACUCAUAGUACCAUUCUUUGGUUCAUUAAUAAGCGCCGCGAUAGGGAGGAGGAUGUCUCAGAAAUCGGAACACCGGAUACCUUUACUCAUGCGGACAAAGCGGUUGGAUUCAGAUACACGCUUUAG